UCACACAGGACAGAGCAACAGUAUGGUAAAGGCAACAUUUCCAUGUUAAAGCAAAUUACUACACUGAUCACGUGAUUACACCCGGAACUACCGUGUCAACUUUCAAUUCCACAAAGUGUCAACGCUGUCGCUAGCCUGCAAAACAAUUGAGGUCUGGUACAGGUUCAAAGUGCAUGCAUGUCGUUAACGUUUCGAGUACAAAUUUAACACAACUGAACUAUCCCUUUGUCAUCCGUCUGCUGCAAUAACCGAAGCGUUAGACUUGCAAUGGCUCUUCAUCUCGAUGCUAAAAUUGUUAUAGUUGGCUGCGGGAUCUCCGGGAUUGGUGCUGCGCUGAAACUCACCAAGUAUGGAUUUCGGAAUGUCCGUAUUGUCGAGGCAACGGGUAGGAGCGGUGGAAGAAUACGAACGGGCAGACUUGGUAGCAACAUCGUGGAGAUCGGUGCCAACUGGAUCCACGGGCCGUCUCAGGAGAACCCCGUGUUCCGGCUGGCCUGCCACUACAACCUGCUGGACCCGGAGUCCGUGACGGAGGAGAACCAGGCGAUGGACGUGGGCGGCCAUCCUCCCUUCGUGCCCAGCUUCCUGCGCAGCUCGGGCGGCGCCGUGUCGCCGGAGAGUCUGGUGCCCGCCGUGGAGCUCUUCUCUCGGGUGCUGGAGCAGACGCAGGGCUUCACCCAGGGAGGCGAGCCCGUGCCCAGCCUGGGGGCGUACCUGCGGGCAGAGCUGCCGCGCCUGGCGGAGGAGGAGUGGCGCGGGGAGGCAGCGGGCACGCGAGACCUCAGGAUGGCGCUCGCCACCACCCUCGUGAAGGUGGAGUGCUGUGUGAGCGGAACACACAGCAUGGACGAGGUGGGGCUCGGGGCGUUUGGACUCUACAAGACACUGCCUGGACUCGACUGCACCUUUCCCAGGGGCUUUGAUGGGCUGAUCGACUGCCUCAUGCGUGAGCUCCCGGAGGGUGUGGUCUCUUAUAACACACCUGUUCGCUGCAUCCACUGGUCUGACGGCAGCGGAGCAGGCGACACACACUCUCACACACAUCCUGUGCGAGUGGAGUGUGCCAAUGGACAGGUCUUUCCUGCUGACCAUGUUAUUGUCACUGUUCCACUGGGUUACUUGAAGAAGCACCACGACACUUUGCUGAAGCCCCCAUUGCCGCUGCACAAGCUGCACACCGUCCAGAGGAUGGGCUUUGGCACCAACAACAAGAUCUUCCUGGAGUUCCAGGAGCCCUUCUGGGAGCCGCAUGCCGAGGCCAUCUACCUGCUGUGGGAGGACGAGGUGCAGCUGGUGGACACGGUGCCCAACAUACACACAGACUGGGUCCGCAAGCUCUUCGGCUUCACAGUGCUUAAACCUACGGAGAGGUAUGGACAUGUUCUGUGUGGCUGGAUCGCUGGUCAUGAAUCUGAACAUAUGGAAUCACUCUCUGAGACAGAAGUUCUGAACACGGUCACUCAAGUGCUGCGCAGGUUUACAGGUAUCCCAACGCUGAGUCCCAGUAGGAUACUGCGCUCUCAGUGGUUCCAUGAUGAAUUCACCUGUGGCUCCUACUCUUACCUGGCUACCGGCUGCUCUGCUCGAGACACUCAACACCUGGCCGAACCACUGCCAACAGAGCACACACACUCCAGGCCCCUGCAGGUGUUGUUUGCUGGUGAGGCCACCCACGGCUCCUUCUUCUCCACUGCCCACGGAGCGCUGCAGACCGGCUGGAGAGAGGCGGAAAGACUCAUCACGCACUACUCACACCCUUCCUCUCCAUCCCCCUCUCUUCCCUCCUCCAAACUCUGACCCCUCUUCCCUCCAUCACACUCCCCCUUCUCUUGUCUUCUUCUCACCAUCUCUCCUCCGCUCCAACCGCUCUCUUUUCCUCUCUUCUCCACCUUUUGCGAUCAUCUUCCAUCUCUUUUUCUCUUUACUUUUCCUCUUUCAUUCUCUCUAUCAGCCCCUUCUCUCAGUCUUUCUUCCUCCCUCUCCUCAGAUACUCUCUGCUCCUCCAAGCUGCUCUUCUGUCUCUAACCAGUAGGUGGCAGACUCUCCCCCUGCUGUGUGCCUCCCUGCUCCUGAGCUCCAAUCAGAAAUCAGAGCAGAGCCUGAGCCCUUAGCCAUGAUGCCCGUUGACCCUGAAUCAGUGUGUGUAGAAUCUCCGCUUAUGCUUCAGCUGUUCUAGAAGUCUAAACAUUUAUUUUUGACACACUAUAUCUAAUGAUCUACUUCAAUUGCACUAAAAACAAAGUCCAUAUUCUCUGCUUUGUUCAAAGAAAUUAUAUUUUAUAUAAUAAUGUGUUAUGAAAGUAUACAUGUCUGAUUUGAUAUAAAAAAAAUGAAUUAAUGUAAGUGAGUACAUGUGUGAUUUAUGUAAGGCAUUAAUUAAUAAAUGUUGGUUUCUAAUUUUUA